AUGUGUUGUCGGCACUUAAAUGCCUUAGAAAAAAGAUGUUAGGUGACAUGGUGAGAGGUAGAAGUAGCGUCACGAGGCUUAAUUCUGGCACUUAUCACCCCCUAUAGUAACCUGUAGAGCUCGAUGCUGUUGAUGUCAGCAAGGUAAUAGAACUCCACUCAUGCAGGCGUGGCCAAACGUCUCGCGGGUCUCUGAAAAGCGCUUUUUUUGUUCAACGCGAACUAUUUUUAAAAUCGACAAACUGCUGAAAUGAAUAACGUUUUACUAUUAUCGUGAACAUUUAAACGAGAGGGGAAUUUAUAUGGUAUUUAAGUCUACUUACGGAGCUUUAGCAAAGUCGUGUUCACAUGCUUUGAACAAAUUAAUUGUUGAAAGGGCGUGAUGAGGGACCGCCUUGGCGAUUUGACAGCGAACAGCAACAAUAAUCCUUUUAAUGUGGAUGAUGAUGAUGGCACCGUCACAGUGGAUAACAAUUCCCACAGGGACGACUUCUUGAAACAGGUGGGGGAGGUGCGGCGUCUCAUCGACAAGAUCUCUUUCCAGGUAGAUGAAGUGGUGAAGAAACACAGCGCUAUCCUCUCUGCCCCCAACCCUGAGGAGAGCACCAAAGAUGAACUGGAGCAGCUCACCAAUGAAAUCAAGAGGAACGCCAACACAGUGCGGGCCAAGUUAAAAACCAUGCAGGACAGCCUGCCUGAGGAUGAGAAUGCAAACACAGCCUCUGUGGACCAGCGCAUCCAGACAAACCAGCACACAAAUCUGAUGCGCUGGUUUGUAGAUGUCAUGACGGUGUACAACGAGACCCAGAUGUCCUUCAGGGAGAGGUGCAAAGGACGGAUUCAGAGACAGCUGGAGAUCACUGGGAAAGUGACCACUGAUGAGGAGCUGGAGGAGAUUCUGCACAGUGAAAAUCCUGCCAUCUUUACUUCUGAUAUCAUCUCCGACUCCCAGAUCACGCGCCAGGCUCUGAAUGAGAUCGAGUCUCGCCAUAAGGACAUCAUCCGCCUGGAGUCCAGCAUCAGGGAGCUCCACGAGAUGUUUGUUGACAUGGCCAUGCUGGUGGAGACUCAGGGGGAGAUGAUCAACAACAUAGAGAAGAACGUGAGCAGUGCAGCCGAGUACAUCGGCGUGGCCAAAGUGGAAACCAAGAAGGCAGUGCGGUACCAGAAAGCGGCGCGCAGGCUCUUCUUUUUCACAGAAAAUGCUUUAUCUUGCUAUCGGCGGGGUUGUUGGUGUCAUCGUUUUAGCCAUUAUUAUGGGGUUGAGUGUCUCAUAGUGAUUUGUCCAAGCCCCCCCCCCCCCAAAAAAAACCCUCAACCUAAAUCAAAAAUUAUCAAUGUAUGAUCACUCUCAACCUCAUUCUUCCAUCUGAAAUAUCUACCAUGACCACUACUGCUUUGCUGGGUGAAGUGACUCCUCUCUCAUGGAGUGAGUAAAGGCUCCAAUGAGGAGUUUCUGCUGUGCUUUUCAGAGGAAGAAGACAACAACUCUGCACCUGCAGUAUCAACCAGAGGGUGGUGCUGAAUCUCCUGAUUCACUCCUAAACCUUUUCAACCAAACAUGCACUAUGCACUUUUGAGAGAUACACACAGCAUAUGUUUCACUAUCCUUGUGAAGACCUAAAAUUGAUUUCCAUUCUAACUCUUAUCCUUAAUUCUAACCCUAAACCUAAGCCUUAAAUAGCCUUUGUCCUUGUGGGGACCUGGGAAAUGUCCCCGCAAGGGAGAAUUGUGCUUGUUUUACGAUCCUUUUGGGGAUUUCUGGUAACCAUGAGAGGGAACUCUCUAUCUCUAACUCACAGAGCCUACACUCAGUUUACUUAUAACCUCUGGUAUUCUUUGAAAUGGCAUCAGUAAAUCCCAGUUAUGUUUGUUUGUAUUCCCUCUCCUGAAUUGGUUGGAUGUACUCCCUACUUGAAGAUGUUCUAUCAAUUAAUGUAUGGCUGUUUCUUUGUGCCUCUUACAUUUUGAGCUCCAGAGCUUUAUCAAAUAUCUUUACACAACUGAACUUUGCACAUUUAUAUUUUCAAGUUUUGUAGAAUUUAUUUUUGUAGUCACCUGAACAUGUAUCCAGUGUUACUCGUUAUUUAUUUGUGCUGUAUUUUUGUUACCAGCUGUGAUAAUGAACUUGAUAAUGAUAUGACAUUGCUGACGGAGUGCUUGCAGAGUUGAGACAAACAUCAUAUUAUACUACUGCACCUGUUUAUAAGAUUAUAGUUCCAUGCACAAAACAUGAAGCUCACACUAGCUAUUGAGCACAGUGGAUGUAAUUUAGCCAAGUGUUGCAGAAUUCAUUUAGGAAGGUGGGAAUGGUGUCAGGACACAUGUUUUAUUCUGCCUGUGGUUUUGUUCAAGUACCUUAUGACAACGUUAACCACAGCACUGUCCAACUCUGCAAGAGAUGACAUCACUUGUCUAAAGUGAAUCCAGCUGAUUGAUAUGUGAAGUGUCUUUAUAUGUUCUUUCACUUCAAAAGUAUCUAUGAUAGCCAACCAAGAGAGAGCAAAAAUAAAGCGUUGUGUAAAAGCU